AGGUUUUUGUUUUUUGUCUCUAAAAUUUAAGUAAAAAAUUUAAAAAAAAGUUUACAUAAACGAUUAAUAAUGAAAAAUAUUCAUUUGAAAAAAUAAAAGAAUAAGUCGUAAUAAAUACUGUAAGAAAAAUUAUUAAAUUAGAAAAGUAUGGCAAAUAUUUGCAUAAUUUGUUCCAGUCCAGGUGAUUAUGACAUAUUUGCACCCAUUCCGGCUUAUUUACAUGCAAGUCCAAAUGAAUUUUUACUUUGGCCCAAAGAUAUAUCAAAAAUGAUGGAAGAAACAACUGGUUUAGUAAUUACAAUAGAUGAUAAAUUAUUACCUAGAAAAAUAUGUGCUUUAUGUAUAUCAUAUUUAAAACAUGCAGCAACAUUCCGGCAACAAGCUAUAGAUAAUAUAUUAAAUUUAAAAGCUGCACAAUUAUUAAAAAUUCCUGAUAAACAUUCUAUAGACGGAAGCAAUAAUAUUAUGAUAAAAGAAGAUCAAUUAAAUUUUAGUGAAACACGAUGCUCCGAAUUAAAAAAUAUUUUAGCUAGUAAGCCAAAAACAAGUAAAUGCGAUGAAUACUUAAAAAAGAAUUUUGAAAAUUCACCUAAUAAUAGACGAAAACCUAAUUUAAUGAAUGAUGACGAAAAUGAAAAAAUCGAAAAUAAUAUUGAUAAAUCUAGCAAUAGCAAUAUUCAUUUAAAUACAUAUUUAAAUUUAUUAUUUGAUAAAGAUACAAAUAAAACUGCCAAUAAUAGGCGGAAAUUUCAUUAUAUAAAUCGCCACAAGAUGAAUAGUGGUGAUAUUAAUGAAAUCAAUCAAAUUGACUUGGAAGAUUACGACAUUUUAACUGGAUCAAGCGAUGAAAAUGAUAUUGCUGAUUAUAAAAAGACGAAUUUCUUUAAUUAUAAGGAGAAAAAUUUCGAAGAAGAUGAUAUUUUAAAUGACAUUUUGAAAGACGCGAAUAUUAUUAUUAAUAUACCAGAAAUACAUAAAGAAAGAAAAUGCCCAGCUUGUUGUAAACGUUUUAUGUUUGAAGAUUCAUAUGAUGAACAUACAGCCAUGUGCAUUGAAUUUCAAUUAUUAAGUUUAAUCGAAGAUGUCAAUAGACUAUUAAUAAUUCGUAGGAAAAAGACUCUUUCUCCACAUGAAUUUGUUCGUCGAAUGAUAUUUAGUUUGAAAAAAAUAGCAGAUUGGUUAAGAUCUCAUGGUGAAAAUAUUAACAUUCCAUCACAAUCUGAUGUUAAGAAAAUUAGUAAAAAAACAAAUAAAAAGAAAGAAGAUGAAACCGAGGCAAUUAUUGAAAAUUUCAAUGUAUUAAAGGCAAGCAGUCUUGAAAAUUCAAAAGUUAAUUCUUCCAUAACAAAAUGUAAUCAACAAAACAAUGAAAACGCAACAUUGGAAAUAUUAAAUAAUUCGAAUUAUGAAAAUAAAAUUAGAAUAGGUACUCCCGAUAAAAAGCACAACCCUAAGAAGCAACCUGAAAAUACUUUUCAAGUAAUUAAACAAAAUUCAGACAAAAAAUCAUCAUCGAGUUUAAGUGCGUUAUGCACACCGUCUCCCCCCAAUAUUCAAAAGCGUAAUAACAAUUCAAAUAAAAAUCAUAAAAAUGGUAAUAAUUUCAAUACUGUUCUUUUAACUCCAGUUGGACAUUUAACUACAACAGCAAACUAUACGGCUAGUCCAUCACCAAAAAUCAAUUUUUCUGCUAGAUGUAGUAUUUGCAGUGUUGUUUUCGAAGCAAUAGCUGAUUUAGAAGAUCAUAAUGCAAAAUUCCAUAAUUAUCAACAAUCUGUAGAAAAAGAAGAACAUAAAAAAAUAAUCGCUUUGUUUGAAGAUGAAUGAAAAUUAAUUUUAAUAAUUAAAAUCGCGAAAUUCGAAAUUUAUUUCUGGUUCUUUUUAAGUUAUAUUUUAUUAAAGUUUUGGAAUAUUUAAUAGCAUAUUGUAAAUUUUUAAAA